GUGUGUGGGCUGAGCUUCGAGGAGCUGAGCUUCGAUGGAGGACCACAUGACGGGGCAAAACAAGGAGAAGCGUUAUGAGUGUGACGUGUGUGGCAAGGACUGGCGGUGCCUGAGCGAGCUGGAGAUUCACCGGCGGGUGCAUACGGGAGAACGCCCCUUCACCUGCUCCGACUGCGGCAAGAGCUUCAAGACAGCGCUAAACCUGACGAGACACCGGCGGUUGCACACGGGCGAGAAGCCCUAUGGCUGCUCCACCAGAGGCAAGAGCUUCGCCAGCUACGACAACCUGCAACAGCACAACGGCGUGCACUCUGGUGAGAGGCCCUUCACCUGCUCCGCCUGCGGCAAGAGGUUCGCCAGCUACGCCAGCCAACAGCAGCACAACUGUGUGCACAAGGGAGAAAGCCCCUUCACCUGCUCCGACUGUGGCAAAAGUUACAAGUCGUCGCAGGACCUAAAGAGGCACAGUUCCUGA